AUGUCAGGGGGACAGGGAGCAUUGCCGAAGAAGGCGAAGACGGUGACGAUAUAUGAAUCAGUGGAAGGAGGGGAGAAUAAGACCAAGAUGGAGCUACGUGCCAGGGAAGACCAGGGUGGCAUUCAGGUUGAUAAGCUGGAAGAAAAGGUGGAAGAUCCUACUGGCGACGCUGGCCCUAUCUUUGGCUCUGCCAAAGAUGAUAACAACAACAACCGAGACUUGGGCGUCACCGGCACAGCCUAG